CCUCCUCAGCCGUACAGUUUCGGCUAUGACAAUGUGGACGAGUUCGGUAACCGGCAGUUUCACAGCGAGCAGGCUGACUCCAACAACGCCAAAACCGGCUCGUACGGCUAUCGAGAUGCCAAUGGCCUGUAUCGGAGGGUGAACUACGUGGCGGACGCGUACGGCUUCCGCGCCACCGUGGACACGAACGAGCCUGGGACGGCCCCUGGAGCAAGCGCCGACGCGGUCUUUAAUGCUGCACCAGUGGUGCCACCGUUUACCUCAAGAAAUGUGCAGGGUGGUGCAGCUGCAGCUUUCGUUACCAGAGUGGCGGCACCCUACAAUGCUGGGAGUUACAAAUAUUGCUGCAUUCGAGAGCUGGCCAUGCAGUUAAACACUGAAGGCAGUGGAGAGACUAACAGCUACAAGGUUCAGGUCGUUCUUGCCUGCAUCGCGGCAACGUCCCUUGGACUCAAUAACAAUCAGGGAGGGGCAGGCUAUCAGAACCCUGGUUACAACGGCUACGCUGCUCCUGGGGGUGCUGUCCCUUACCAAGGAUACGCUGACUACGCAUCCCCGCCACAGCCGUACAGCUUUGGAUACGACACGGUGGACGAGUUCGGCAACCGGCAGUUCCGAAGUGAACAGGGUGACGCAAACAAUGUGAAGACUGGUUCAUACGGCUACCGUGACGUAAAUGGCAUAUAUCGGCGAGUAAGCUACAUCGCCGAUGCCAAUGGAUUUCGCGCCACGGUGGACACCAACGAGCCAGGCACUGCACCGGGCGCCAGUGCCGACGCCGUAUUUAACGCCGCUCCCAUAGUUCCUCCAGUGCCCGCUGGAGGGGCGGCUAGCGGCGCAUUUGGCGCCAGAACUACAGCACCUGGCUACAACAGCUACGCCGGCGGAUACGGUAGAUAUGGCGGGUAUGACCAGUAUGGCCGUGGUGCUGGUGGAUACGGAUACGGUGGGUAUGGCAGCUACGGCAACUCUCCGAAUGGACCAGCACUCGGCGGCUACGUCUACAGAGGUUCAGCUCCUUACGACUACGGUGCUGCUGGCUACAAUGGAGGGCGCUACGGACCUGCCGGAUACGGUAGUUGGUCGGCUGGUGCUUCACGCCGUCGGCGAUGA